GAGAAAAAGACCAACCUUUCGUACGAGUAAGACCAGAGCGGGUUUUUUUGUCGAUGGGGGACGAUCCGGGAAGGCUUUAUCGUUUGGAUGGAGUUGCUCAUAUCGCCGGUGUGAUCAACGACGAGCCUCGUCGUUGCAUAUCCAGCGUUAGGCGGCAGCAGGGGAUGCGUCUUGAUGAGAGGUACGUUCCGUACUUGCAGAUGGCCGGAUUGUACCAUCUUGCGAGACUGAAUGACAGAUGGUUCCGACUAGACGAGCCCCUAGUCAGCGCAUUCGUCGAGAGGUGGCGGCCUGAGACGCACACCUUCCACAUGCCGUUCGGAGAGUGCACCAUCACGCUUCAGGACGUCGCAUACCAGCUGGGGUUGCCAGUGGACGGAAAUUACGUUAGUGGUUGCCUGAUAGACUUCCACCUUUACAUUGAGGGUGGGAGACCUGCUUGGCAGUGGUUCCAUGAGUUGCUCGGUGUUUUACCUCCCGAGAACCAGGUGCAGAAAUUCGCAGUCAACUGCACCUGGUUUCAGCAGACAUAUUAUGCAACCAAUUUUAAUGUUUCUCGUACGCAGAUGGUCUGGUUACAAUCCUGGGAUUAG